CCUCAUAUGUCAAGCGCUGGUAUAAAACCGGCGUCGUACGCUAACCAUGGUGGGAAGCUUCAAAAUUCAAAGCUGAGUGAGUAAAAUUACGCUAACCAUUCCAUUUCCCUCUAAAAUGGCGUCAAGUAAAAUGAGGGUGGAUGAGCUUCGAAUGGAGCUUCAUUAUCGUGGACUCUCCAUCACCGGAACAAAACCCACUCUGCUGCGUAGACUUGAAGCUGCUGUUCGCAAAGAAACUCGAAAUGCGACGAGUGAAGCUGAUGCUAGUUCCCCUCCUAGAACUAGAAAGAGAGCUAGGGAUUCUCAAAAUCAUGAUUCUAAUCACUCCCAAGAAAUCGAGAUUGCAGAGGAGGCAAAAGAGGAAGCGGUGAAGAUGGUGACCGCAACCAAAAAGGGCGUGGCAAUUCUCGAUCAGUAUCUUCCGGAUUCUGUGAAAACGCACUAUCAUGUUCUGCGACUGGGUGGUGAUGUCUAUGAUGCCAUGUUGAAUCAGACAAAUGUCAGGGACAACAAUAACAAGUUCUAUGUGAUUCAAGUUCUUGAAUCGGAUAGUGGCGGUGAAUACCUUGUUUACAAUAGAUGGGGAAGGGUAGGUGUAAAGGGCCAAGACAAGAUACAUGGUCCUUACAAAUCAUGUGAGAGUGCCAUUCAGGAGUUUGAACAAAAGUUUUUAGCCAAGACCAAAAAUGCUUGGUCCGAUAGGGAUAGUUUUGUUAGCUAUCCUAAAAGUUAUGUUUGGAUCGAAAUGGACUACAGUGGCAAGGAAAAUGAAUCUACUGUUACUGAAAAUCCUGGUCGUGCUUUAGGAAAGCAGCCUACGGAAUCUAAACUUGAACCACGUGUUGCAAAAUUUAUAUCUCUUAUUUGCAACGUGAGCAUGAUGAAUCAGCAAAUGAUGGAAAUAGGGUACAAUGCAAACAAGUUGCCCCUUGGAAAACUUAGCAAAUCAACAAUUUUAAAGGGCUAUGAAGUUCUGAAAAGACUUGCUAAUGUGAUUGAUAAAGGUGACAGGAAAGUUAUGGAGCAAUUAAGUGGAGAAUUCUACACUGUAAUUCCACAUGAUUUUGGAUUCAAAAAAAUGUCUGUUUUUGUAAUUGACACCCCUCAGAAGUUGAAACGCAAGUUAGAAAUGGUUGAAGCUCUUAGUGAAAUUGAGGUUGCCACAAAGCUUUUGAAAGAUGAUGCAGAAAUGCAGGGAGAUCCACUGUAUGCUCAUUAUCAAUGCCUUCAUUGCGAACUGGCACCUGUUGAAUUUGGUUGCGCUGAAUUCUCCAUGAUUGAAGAGUAUAUGAAGAACACUCAUGCAGAAACACAUUCAAACUAUACUGUGGACAUUGUUCAAAUAUUUAGGGCAUCAAGGGAAGGCGAGGCUGAACGAUACAGAAAGUUCGCUAGUACAAAAAAUAGGAUGCUUUUGUGGCAUGGUUCUCGGCUCACAAACUGGACAGGAAUUUUAUCUCAAGGUUUACGCAUAGCCCCUCCUGAGGCACCUGUAACUGGCUACAUGUUUGGAAAGGGGGUGUACUUUGCUGACAUGUUCUCAAAAAGUGCAAAUUAUUGCUAUGCUACUCGUACGGCUAAAGAUGGCGUGCUCCUUUUAUGUGAGGUUGCACUGGGAGAGAUGGCUGGGCUUCUAAAUGCCUGCUAUGAUGCCGAUCAGUUGCCUGAAGGAAAACUGAGCACAAAAGGAUUAGGAGCUACUGCUCCUGAUCCCUCAAAAGCACGGGAACUUGAAGAUGGGCUCGUAGUUCCCGUAGGAAAGCCAGAAAAAAAUUUAUGCCUCAAGAGCGAACUACUGUACAAUGAAUACGUUGUUUAUAAUGUAGAGCAGAUUAGGAUGCGAUAUAUUGUUCACGUAAAUUUCAAUUUUAAGAAUAGAAGAAGUUAGCGGCUAAAUGAUUACAAUGUUGUUUGUGUAUUUUAUCAUUUUCUGGUUCGCCUAGCCAAUCAACAAUCAUUAUUGAUGUAAAUUAUUCCGAGUCAAAGGUUAAUUGGUCGCUCCUUUCUUAUC